AUGGGAGACAUGGAAUUCGCUAAAGUCCACAACUCCGUAAUUUUUCUCGAAGACCCUCCUGCAACUCACAAUGACUUGAAAUUCAUUGUGGAUGGUUUGAAGAAAUCCUGGUUGGUUCAUGCCCUAACUACAAGUCCUACUAUCUACCAGAGUUUGAUUAAGGAUUUCUGGAGGAGUGUUGUUGUAAAGAAUAAUGAUCAGGGUGAAAAUUUUGUUGAAGCAACAAUCGAAGACAAGAAAAUUCAAAGCAUAUGGGAUACGAGGGAACCUUUCCCCCCUACAAUUAAGAAGUUGCUUCCUUUGUGUUGGAAGUAUUUGGCUCAUGUGUUUGUGAGCUGCAUUUCCGGCAGGAGAUCGGGAGCAAACGAGAUCUCUCUGGCCAACACUGGUGCCAUUGCAGCAUUGGCUGCAGGAUUUGAGUUCAAUUUCUCAAAAUUUAUAAUGAAUGAAAUGAUACUAAACCUUGAAGGGAGAAAAAGGGACAAAUUCUGGAUGUAUCCAAGAUUUUUGCAAAUCAUCCUUAAUGUGACUCACCCCGAGCUGCAGAGAGGAAAUGAUACUUUGGAUUUCAAAUCCAUUGGUCCAAGUGCUUUUGGACUAAUGAAACAAAAGAGAGGCGGGAAGUUUGUAUUUGAAGGAAAAUUUCCAUUAAUAAAAUUUGGAAUUUUUAAAGAGAAUGAUAGAGAAGAAUUAGAAGAACAAUCCAUUCCGAUGCAAAAUGAAGAUGUUUUUCAUUCUCCCUCUGAGCCAGAAGUGGAGGAAAUUCAUGACUCUCCCACAGCUUGUGGGGCUGAUGAACAUGAUCUUCAAAAAGCAAAUGAAUCAAAAUCUACUCGAGAGGAUGAUGAUGAUGAUGAUCUUUAUGAUGAUCUAGAGUUUUUAAAAGAAAUUGACUUUACGGGGAUUAAUGAUGACAUUCCAACAAACAUAGAGUUUGAUCUUGGUGAUGAAAAUUUUGAUCCUUUUCUUGAAAUUCCCAACAGCCGUGUUAAUAAAGUCAAUGAAGUUGCUUCUUUAGCAACCAAGACUAGAGAUGAAGGAAAUGUUCUCAAGAUUCUACUCUCUACUUCAAAGCCCUUCGAGGUUGCACCAAGCCAAGGAGAUGUGACAUCAUAG